UACCCGGCACGGUGGUGUGGGGGUAGAGGUGCUGCCGGGAGGACUGCGACUCCCAGAGUACCCUGCGGCGGCGGCCUUCCGGCUGCUGUGAAUAUGUAUAAGAAUGUUAAUGACGAGCCGCUGCUAAAUUUGGUCAAAGGAGUCACCUCGGCAGAGCGUGCGGUCGGAGCGGCGUGGACCGCCGGCCAGGGCUGGGUGAGGCUGGGCAGGACACGGCUGAGCAGGGCCGGACCGCGCCGACGAGCCGAGCACGGGGCUCCGCUCCGCGCGUCGCUGCCGCCUCUGCCACUUCCCGGAGUUUCGAAAGGCGAGGAGCGAAAAAAGAGAAAAAAAAAGACAUAAAUAAAGCUGCCUGGACCGUACCGUAUUUUUCAUUCUUCUCGCUCUUCUUAAUUCUAUUUUUAUUUUUUUUAAUUUAAAAAAGAAAGGAAAAGAGCGGCCCAGCAGCGCUGGCGGGGGAGUUGCUGUCCGGGCGGUAGCAGCGAGGACCGGCCCGCCGCACAAAAGGGCACCGCACCGCAGGCACCCCCGCAGCCCCGGCGGAGCACCCGCCCGCCCGCCGCAACCGCAGGCCCCGCCGGGGCGCCGCGCCCCACUCCGCCCGGCGCCGGGAGAGCCGCCGGCAGGAGCAGUAAAAGUUUUCAGGAGGGGAGGAAAACUGCCGGCGGGGGGGAUCUCUGGCGGAGCGCGCGCCGGUGCUGGCGUAGGGGCUUUCCCCGCCCUCCUCCACUUCGCCCUCCGCCGCACGGGGCUCGGAGCCCGCGGAGCGGCGGCGGCGCUCGGGAGAACCGGCCGGCGCCGCCCGCUGACCGCCCCCGGGGGAUGUGGCAGCAGCCCCCGAGCGUCACGGACGCCGUCGCCGCCGCGCCUCGCUGCUGCCGGCGGUGCCCCGCCAGCCCCGGGGCGGCGGGGCCGGGGCGUCCCUGCCCGCCGUCUCCGCCGCCGCGCCUGCAGCCCUGAUCCCUGCCGCUCCGGCCGCCAGCGCCCCCCGAAGCGGCGUGGAUGAUCCGCGACCUGAGCAAGAUGUACCCACAGACCCGGCACCCGGCUCCUCACCAGCCAGCGCAGCCCUUUAAAUUCACCAUUUCAGAGUCCUGCGAUCGGAUAAAGGAGGAGUUUCAGUUUUUGCAGGCUCAGUACCACAGUUUAAAGCUAGAAUGUGAAAAACUGGCCAGUGAGAAGACAGAGAUGCAGCGACAUUAUGUCAUGUAUUACGAGAUGUCCUAUGGGCUGAAUAUAGAGAUGCAUAAACAGGCAGAAAUUGUCAAGAGGCUGAAUGCUAUAUGUGCACAAGUCAUUCCCUUCCUGUCCCAAGAGCACCAGCAACAAGUGGUGCAGGCUGUGGAGCGUGCCAAACAAGUGACCAUGGCAGAACUGAACGCAAUCAUUGGGCAGCAACAACUUCAGGCCCAGCACUUGUCACACGGACAUGGUCUUCCCGUGCCACUCACUCCGCACCCCUCGGGCUUGCAGCCUCCAGCCAUCCCACCCAUUGGCAGCAGUGCUGGUCUCCUGGCACUCUCCAGUGCACUGGGUGGGCAGUCACACCUCCCAAUUAAAGAUGAGAAGAAGCACCAUGAUAAUGAUCACCAAAGAGACAGAGACUCCAUCAAGAGCUCUUCUGUAUCUCCCUCAGCCAGUUUCAGAACAGCAGAAAAGCACAGAAAUUCUACAGAUUAUUCUUCAGAUAGUAAAAAACAGAAAACAGAAGAAAAGGAAAUAGCGGCUCGUUAUGACAGUGAUGGUGAAAAGAGUGAUGACAACUUGGUAGUUGAUGUUUCCAAUGAGGAUCCUUCUUCUCCCCGGGGGAGCCCAGCACAGUCUCCACGGGAAAAUGGCUUGGACAAGACUCGCCUGCUGAAAAAAGAUGCACCAAUUAGUCCGUCAUCUAUUGCAUCUUCUAGCAGUACUCCUUCCUCCAAAUCCAAAGAACUUAGCCUUAAUGAGAAAUCUACCACUCCUGUGUCUAAAUCAAAUACCCCAACUCCACGGACUGAUGCCCCAACUCCAGGCAGCAACUCCACUCCUGGACUGAGAUCAGUGCCUGGCAAACCCCCAGGUGUGGACCCAAUAGCUUCAGGUUUAAGAACUCCUAUGGCAGUACCAUGUCCUUAUCCUACUCCGUUUGGUAUCGUGCCACAUGCUGGUAUGAACGGGGAGCUGACCAGCCCUGGAGCUGCCUAUGCCGGUCUGCACAAUAUUUCCCCUCAAAUGAGUGCAGCAGCUGCAGCAGCAGCAGCAGCAGCAGCUUACGGGCGAUCUCCAGUGGUUGGUUUUGAUCCACACCAUCACAUGCGUGUCCCAGGCAUCCCUCCCAAUCUCACAGGCAUCCCAGGAGGAAAACCAGCAUACUCAUUUCAUGUAAGUGCAGAUGGUCAGAUGCAGCCAGUUCCUUUCCCUCCUGAUGCCCUCAUCGGUCCAGGAAUCCCUCGCCAUGCCCGUCAGAUCAACACUCUGAACCAUGGGGAAGUUGUGUGUGCAGUUACCAUCAGCAACCCCACAAGACACGUGUACACGGGUGGGAAGGGGUGCGUCAAAGUCUGGGACAUCAGCCACCCUGGCAACAAGAGCCCUGUCUCUCAGCUGGACUGCCUGAACAGAGACAACUACAUCCGUUCCUGCAGAUUGCUCCCUGAUGGCCGCACCCUGAUUGUUGGUGGGGAAGCCAGCACGUUAUCCAUUUGGGACCUGGCAGCUCCAACUCCUCGCAUCAAAGCAGAGCUGACAUCUUCUGCUCCAGCUUGCUAUGCCCUAGCUAUCAGCCCUGAUUCCAAGGUCUGCUUCUCUUGCUGUAGCGAUGGGAACAUUGCAGUGUGGGAUCUGCAUAACCAGACUUUAGUAAGGCAAUUUCAGGGCCACACAGAUGGAGCAAGCUGUAUUGACAUUUCUAAUGAUGGCACCAAACUAUGGACGGGAGGCUUGGACAAUACAGUCAGAUCAUGGGAUCUCAGAGAAGGGAGACAGCUACAGCAACAUGAUUUCACAUCACAGAUCUUCUCACUGGGCUAUUGUCCAACUGGUGAGUGGUUGGCAGUAGGAAUGGAGAACAGCAAUGUCGAGGUGCUACAUGUUACUAAGCCGGACAAGUAUCAGCUACAUCUUCAUGAGAGCUGUGUAUUGUCACUCAAAUUUGCUCACUGUGGCAAAUGGUUUGUAAGCACUGGAAAAGAUAAUCUUCUUAAUGCCUGGAGAACACCUUAUGGAGCCAGUAUAUUCCAGUCCAAAGAAUCCUCAUCUGUGCUUAGCUGUGAUAUCUCUGUGGAUGAUAAAUACAUUGUCACUGGCUCUGGGGACAAGAAAGCUACAGUCUAUGAAGUUAUUUAUUAGAGAGAGAUCUGAAUGCAGACAGGACUCCUUCUCCUAGCACUUUGCUGUAUAUUCCUUUUGUUUUUUCUUUCUAAACUGAAAACUUAAAUGCUCAUCACAGUUGUGGAAUUUAUUUUUACCUUCUUAACUUGCUCUUGGUUUGUGAAUGUUCAUUAAGAACUCGUGAUACCAAAUUGUCAGCUGUCUAUUUGGAAGAAGAUGGAAUAAGCAUACUGAACAGUAACCUUGACUCUUUAAUUAUGUAUUAUAGCUGUAAUGUAUUUAUUUUGUUUAAAGAAGGCUUUCUAACAAUGAACUGACUUAAUAAAGCUGUCUGGCCCGGCUUUAGUUUGAAAAAUGCAUUGUAUACUUGUGUUUUUGCAGGUGGAUAAAUUGGGGAUCUUGGAGAAGGAUGUUCAGGAGAUAGUUAAAGUUACACUAAAUAGACUUGUAGUUUCUAUUUAAAAAAAAUAAACUUUGUUAUAUUUUUUAGUCCUGUUCUUGAAUGAGACCUCUAAGUGUUAUUACAGUAUAAUUAUUUGGUGGGAAGAUGCUGUAUCUUAACUAUUUUAGACAGUCUUGGAAACUUAGGAAAUUGCAAACUGUAGCCAGUGAUCUACAUGCCUGUGAUGAAUGGCAAAUUCAGUUCACAUCUAAAUUAAAUUUAAGUAAGAAUGUGCUAAUUUAUAUAUUUGCAAUGUUAAUAUAGCAUCUUGUGUACAGAUUUGUUCUCAAUGCUUUUCUGUUGAUUAACAUAAAGCAUUUUGGUGUCAAGCUAGGUUUUUUAAUAUAAACACCUCUCUUUGUUAUAUUGUAGAGAGUACAAUAAGUUGCCUCAGAGAAUCACCUUUGUUACUUCUGGAAACUUUUGCAAUGUUUCCUUGAAAAUGGGGAUAUGUGUCUUUGGGCAAUUUUUCAAUUACAAGAGAUUAUGAAAAAUAUUUGAUAUGUUCUUUGGAAACUGCACUGAAAUAAGAAUGGAUGCCUACCAAUAUACAAACUACAAAAGCAAUGACCUCCAAGGUAGGAUUUACAAGAGUACUCAUUCCGACAUUCAAAAAGGAAUGGAUUCUCAUUGGGAUAAGGACUUGCUUUGUUUGCCAGCAGUUCAAUCCAAGUCUUGAUUGGAUGUCCCUAAAAAGGACGCAGACUGAGCCAUUGUGCCAGAGACAACGUGUUAUCUUUUUAUGUUGUUGUUGUUGCUGUUGAACUAUGAUCUGUGACUUUUUUUUUUUUUGAAUGCUUUAAAAAAAAUCUUUAAGUCUGUGGAUCUGCUGAUGUACAGUGCCUUUGCUGCUAUGGAUCAAAAUCAAAAGACCCGUGUAGAUAAAUCUUAUUGUAUAAGUAGAAAAUUACUUAAUUUCAUACUAGAAAUGGAUUGAUGCUGCAAGUUAAAAUGGACUGUUCAUUGAAGUUCCAAAUGUGGUAGCAAAAAUGGUGUCUUAAGUGCUUAGUGUUUGAUGUCAUUAACAGUUUCGUAAUACUCUACAUUGUAGAAAGAUUUUGAUACUAAACUGUGUCAUUGUACAUAGUUCUAAUGCAUUGUAUUGACCACCGGUACUUCUAUAAUGGUAGAUUAUUGUUUGUGCAUUCAGACUUUUAGGCAUUAAAAAUAAGUAACUUCUAAGAUGCA